AAUAACAUCUGCAAAAAGUAAAAACCCUCUCCCCUCCUUCUCUAGGGUUUUAGUCUCUUCUUCCUCGCAAACAAACAAGUUAGCCGUCUCAAUUCCAACGAGUUUGAGCUGAAAAUGGUGUUCUGGGGAAUCGAAGUGAAGCCUGGGAAGCCUCAAGCUUACAAUCCCGAAAACGAGCAAGGGAAGCUUCACCUCACCCAGGCAACUUUAGGUGCUGGUUUAGGCAAAGAGAAGAGUGUGAUUCAGUGCUCCAUAGGAGGAAACGCACCUGUUUACUUGUGUUCGUUGUUGCCUAACAAAUCCGAAUGUUGCCCUCUGAAUCUUGAGUUUGACGAUAACGAAGAGGCGGUUGAGUUCUCGGUGACUGGUGGCAGAAGCAUCCACCUUUCUGGAUUCUUGCAGGCUUAUGAUGAGGAGGAGUGUGAGCAGGAUGAUGAUGAAGAUGAUUCAGAUGGUAUCGAUAUUGGGGAUACUGAGUCAGGAGAGUCUGAGUAUGAUAGUGAAGAGGAUGAGGAUCAGAUGGAUGAAUUUGAGGACUUCAUUGAUCACAAUCUUGACAUGUAUCGGCAAUCUUCUGUCCCAAACAGCGGAGUUGUAAUUGAGGAGAUAGAAGAUGAGGAGAAGCCCGCCGAAGAUGAUAAGACAAAGCGGUCCAAUAAGAAGAGUAAAGCUAGCAAAGAUGAGACCGCAAAUAAGCAAAUCGUUGUCAAAGAGAGCCCCCAUGCUACAGUUCUGGAAAGCGAAGAUGAAGAUGGUUUACCUAUUCCUAAAGAGAAAACACCUGAACCAGAGAAGAAGUCUGCUGCGAAGAUGGACGUAGAUGAUGAUGAACAAGGUAGCAACAAAAAACGCAAGGCCAAGGCUCCUGAGCAAGAAAGCGUAAACAAGAACAAAAAGAAGAAAAAUCAGAAAGAAAAGAAGAAUGAGGAAGCGGAUGAAAAAGUUGAGACGGGGAAAGUUGAGACCAGCCAAAGUUCUUCAAACCCAAAAGCUCAAAAUGGAGCUGUUAACAAUGCCAUGAGUGAAAGCUCCAAGACUCCAGUUCAAUCUUCUGAGAAGAAAAAUAAGAAGAAAAAGAAGUCAAAUGAGGAAGCUAAAGAAGAGAGCAAAGCUAUUUCUAGUAGGACAUACCCAAAUGGACUCGUUGUUGAAGAGAUGAAAAUGGGCAAACCCAACGGCAAAAAAGCUACUCCUGGAAAACAGGUUAUGGUCAGCUACACAGGAAAACUUAAGAAUGGGGAGGUCUUCGAUUCCAACAAAAAUGGUUUUGAGUUCCGUCUAGGUGUUGGACAAGUCAUUAAGGGAUGGGAUGUUGGCGUCAAUGGCAUGCGUAUUGGUGACAAAAGAAAGCUUACAAUUCCACCAUCAAUGGGGUACGGUGCUAGGGGUGCUGGUGGCGAUAUUCCUCCUAAUGCUUGGUUGACGUUUGACGUCGAACUGUUGGAUGUUAAGUAAAACCUCUCCGAGUUCGUAGAUUACCUUUAAGGUGUGGUUGGAAUGUAGCUGCCAAAGAUUGAAUUUUUGAAAAAUGACGUGUUUUUUUUUGUUUUGACAAGGCUAUAACGUUUGAUUUUGUCUUGUAUCAUUUUUACUCAGAUUUUAUGUCAAUUUGUUGUUCCAUG